CCAGCACGCCGCCCGCCGCCGCUGCCCGCCAUGUCGGCACUGCUCCAGCUGCUCGUCGUCGCCGCCGCAGCCUCCGCCAGCGUCGCCUGCCUUUCCGCCACUCUGUACGCAGGUGGUGUGUUCCUACCAGAGGCAGAUGACGCAUGCCUGGGCUGCCUAUGUGAGGCGACUUCAGGCUGCAACAUGAGCGCCAUGUGCCUGCCACAGAGGACGCUGUGUGGUCCAUUCCUGGUGGCACCACAGUACUGGAGAGAUGCAGGAUCCCCACUGCUGCGUGGGGACUGGCCUACCAAUCCUGGUGCAUACUACCGUUGCGUUACAGAUAUUUUCUGUGCUGCUGCUACUGUUAGAGGGUAUCUCAGUAGAUAUGCACAGGACUGCAACUGGGAUGGAAGAGUGGACUGUGAUGAUUAUGCUCGCAUACAUUACAUGGGUGGACAUCAGUGUACUCUGCCAGUGGAACAUCUAGGGUACUAUAAGGUGUUCAGGGAGUGCAUGGAUAGUGUUCAGCAGCUCAAUGGUUGAAAAGAAACUGUUGAUCACACUUAUUAUUGAUCAUUCUUACCCACCGACAUUUGUAUAAUAUUCUUUGUAAGGACUGUACUCUUGAGCUACUUUAUGAACAACUAGUGUAAGACAUUGGAAUGUAUGAGAGAGUGGCAAUUUCUGGAUGUGUCAUAAUAAAUAUAUAUGAAAACAAAUUAGAGUAAAAAAGUUUGAUUUAUUUUUGUGCAAAUAGGACAGUUUUGAAGUAAAUUCUUAUCCCUUAACCUGUCUAUGUCUGUAAGGAAAUUGUAUUUACUUGAAUUUUAAAAAUUUAGCAUGGAGCUGUUAUUCUGGUUCUAGAAUAAUAAACUAGGAACAUAAUAAUCAGGUUUUGUUUACACUGAAGUCAUUUGAUUUACACUUAAGAAACAAUUAUGCAUACUAUGUCCCUGCAAAAGUUACAUUAACUAGUUGGUUUCAUGGAAGGAAUGCACUUUUAUUUGCAAAAUGAAUUUUCACUGAGUAUGUCCUGAUUUGAAACUUCCUGGCACAUUAAAACUGUGUGCCAGACAGCAAUUUGACCUGGAGACCUUUGUGUCACAUGAGCAAGUGAUCUACUGACUAAGCUAUCCAAGUAUGGCUCAUAACUCAUCCUCCCAGUGGAUCUGAUAGAUCAGUCAGUAGAGCACUUGCCUGCAAAAGACAAAGGUCCCAUGUC